GCAUCUUAAAUACAUUUAGAUAAAUAAAUGGGAAUAAUAUAUUUUACAUUUUGUUUUUACAGCUCAGCUAAUGGAGCAAGUGCCACCAAAGUGGAUGCUAUCUGCACUUAUGUCAACAGUUCUGGAGCACCUAGAUUUGAUCAAGUCGCAUUUUUCAAAGAGCUAGCGAACAAAACAAAUGGUGUCACCAGCCUAGGGAUAUAUUCCUUGGACCCCAACAGUCUUUAUGUCAAUGGAUACAGUGAAGCAGCAUCUAAAAAUCCAACCACGCCAAUUAAUUCCUUUACUGUAAAUGUUUCUAUAACUAAUCUCCCAUACACCUCUAAUAUGGGGACACCGAACACCUCCUUAUUCAACAGCACUCGACUUAUAAUGAAUACUGUAAUAAAUUCUGUUGUGAACCAAACCACACUGAAUUUUUUUUCUCCAGUAUGUCAGACCAUAAGAUUUAGCUCAGCUAAUGGAGCACGUGCCACCAAAGUGGAUGCCAUCUGCACUUAUGUCAACAGUUCUGGAGCACCUAGAUUUGAUCAAGUUGCUUUUUUCAAAGAGCUAGCAAACAAAACAAAGGGUGUCACCAGUCUAGGGAUAUAUUCCUUGGAUCCCAACAGUCUUUAUGUCAAUGGAUACAACGAAGCAGCAUCUGUGGAGUCCCCCAUUGAGGCAGCUACCAAAGUCCCAGUAGACGCAGCCAGUUCUGAAGAAAUUACACUCAAUGUUACCAUACUUAACCUGGCUUAUACUUCUGAGCUUGCUUCCAAAUAUUCUUUAAAGUACAACUCUACAUCUACCAAUAUGCUGUACUUGGUGAACAACUUAAUGAAAAACAGCACCCUUGGUUCCCAGUUGAUAAAUUGCCUUCUUGAUAGCUUUGUAUUCAAUGCAGUUGGCACCAAAGUAAACUUAGUUUGUAAUAUUAAGAAGGAUGCUACAGGGCUGAAAUUUGAUGCAGGGGCAUUUUACAAUGAGGUGUCUUCCAUGACCUUAAAUGUUACCAAGUUGAGUAUCUACAAGCUAGAUGCAAACUCUCUUUAUGUCAAUGGAUACAAUAAGGCCAUGGCUACAACAACAACCAAAUCUCCAUCUUUGACUACAUUCAGAAUUUUUGGACCCAGGCAAUUCUUUCUUAAUUUUACAAUAACAAACCUUAACUUUAACGCAAGUCUAGCAAACAAAACCUCUGGCCCAUUCAUAAUUUUAAAAAGCAAACUCGAUAACUUGCUGAAUGAAGGCUUUAAAUAUAAUUCACGAGUAAAGGACAACUUUGAAAUCUGUGAAGUAAUUAGGUUAAGGUCAACUCCCGAAAGUGUAGACACCACUGUAGAAGCUAUCUGCACUUUUAAUAUGAACCUUUUGGCAAGAACCUUCACAGAAAAUGAUAUUCAAAACUCACUCCUAGAAAUAACCCAAAAUGGCACCACUUUGGGCAACUUUACUUUGUCUAGAUCAAGUAUUCACGUGGAUGUUUUCAGGGUAGAUGUAACCACAACGGCUAGCAGCAGCAUAACCACCACAGCUAGUGCUAUCAUAGGAAACCUGCCUUCCUCGGCAUUUCUUGGCUUUAAUAUUAAUUUCACCAUACUCAACAAUUCUGUACCAGAUGAUCCCACAAAGCGGCAGAUGCUGGAGGAAGACAUAACGAACAAGAUGAAUGGGCUAUAUCAAAAUAGUACACUGAGCAAACAAUUCAAAUACUGCUUGCUUUCAUCAAUAAGGAAUGGAUCUAUCAUAGUAUCAUGUAACUGCUACUUUCAAGAUGAUCCAGUUGUAAACAGGAAGUCUGUUCAGGAUGAAUUUAACCAAGGGUCAGAUAGAGGACGUAUUUUGGGAUUAAUAUAUCCCCUAAAGGAUAUUACUGUUACAGAAAUCCCAAGAAAUUAUGACUUGCCAUUUUGGGCCAUUAUUCUUAUUUGCCUGGCUGUUUUAUUAGUACUUGUCUUACUCUUUUUGAUCAUCUUUUUGCUAAUAUAUUGUUUAAAAGGCAGGAGAGACUCCUAUGACAUACACCAGAACAUUUAUGAAACUUAUUUCCCCCAUCUGGACAUGAGAAAGUUAUACUGAGGAUGACCAAAAACUUCUUCAAAAUGUCUUUGUAUUAUCAUAUACAUCGAUGCUAGUAUACUAUCCUAUAUACUGUAAUUGUUAUCACUAAGCCAUCAUGUUAUUUCCAACCUGGAAAACACCUUUUGAUUGGAAAAGCUGGGCGACUGGAUAACUGAAAGCAAGGAAUAAAUUCUAACAUGGACUAAGAUUUCUACUGAAACCACAGUUUCACUUGUGGAAAUGGUUUAUAUAGUGUUUUUUUUUUUUUUUUUUGCGUCGUUUUGCACUGCGCCAAUAUCUUAAACUAUAUACUACUUUGUCUUCUGCCAAUUUGUAUCUUACUUCACACAGGAGCUAUAGUAUAAACAUUUUAAUAAAUAAUAUGUAAAAAACAGUAAAUAAAUACCUCAAAUAUUGAUACUGACUCUAUUUACCAUCAAACUCUAGUAAUACAUUGCACUGGCUUAGCAUCCAAUAAGACUUUUUUUUAAACUGUAGUACAAAGAUACUUGAUUAAUUGUAAUGUAGCUAACAGCCAAAUAGAAAUCCGAUUUCUGCAACCUGAUAAAUGUAUUUCUAAAUGGCUGGUAUUAUGCACUUAAUUAAAGGACUGAAGAAACUUUCAUUAUAUUUAGUAUAUAUUAUAUAUAGAAAGCUUAUAUAUUUUGCAAUCAAUGAUUUA